AUGGAUCCCAGCAACCCUGAAAGUGCGGGCCCCAGGCCCAAGUCCCCCGAGGACGUCUCGCGAAAGGGAUCCGUCAAGCGCGCGCGACAGAUGCUCCAGGCUGGCAAGCGUCCGGAGAAAGCCCAGGCUCCGAUCCCCAAGCCGCCACCUUUCCGAGUCGAUCCAGCCCAUAUGACACAAUGGCCUCUGCCCGACACCCGCGUUCUACCGGCCAACCUGGCCCAUCCGCAGGCAACGUUGCACGUUCCAAAAGGACCUCCCCCGAAGCGCCCCCCUCGUCCCGAUUGCCCUUCGCCGUCGGUGUAUUCCGAGCGAAGCGUGUCCGAUGCCACGGCCCCCAGCCCGUUGAACAUCAAGCGGCCGGUGCCGUCCUUCUCGCAGCCUUUUCCGCUCCAACAAGGCCAGCGUCCGACCAUCAGAAUCCCCAUCCCCCGACCUCCCAGCCCGGAAAGUGUUGCCGGCUCAACACCCCGCCUAUCAGUCACGACAGAUGAACUCUUUCGACGGUCGGGGGUCUCCUCGGUGGGAACCUUCUCGUCGAUCACCGAACUCCCCUCCGUGCCUAUCGAGUACCGCGCCCCCUCAGCCAUUGCCCCGAAAAAGGCCGCCAGCCUGGCCCCCCCAGCGCCCCAGAACCGCGGCUCUGUGUCGCCGAUUCCAGAGGAAAUCCCGGACAGCCCGACUAUCUCGAAAACCCACUAUAGCUCGGAUCGAGGGUACCCACCCAGUUGGUGCUCUGGGCCGGCCGAGUCCUCCAUUCUGGGUACUUAUCUCGAUGCCGAUUCCGACGAGGACGACUCCGUGCACAUGGCGCAAGGCGGCGUGGUGACGCUUGCCAGACAGGCCAGCGUUGGAACCCGAGGAAAGCCUGCCCUGCGCACCAUCAUGAAGUCGAAUGCGAGCUCGCCAGUACCGCCCGCGGAGAGAACCCCCAUUUCCGCCAGGCCAAUGACGGCCGGAACCAUGAACACCGAAGCCGCGCUGAAGGAAAUCGCCAUCGCUGCGAAUCGUAGGGCGUCUAUUGGGUCCAACUCGACAGCGUCAUCGCAUUUCGAUCUGGAGAAAACUUCGAUUAUCUUGGACAUCGGCACGCCAACCGCCGAAUCGGCUCAUCCGUACAGUGACGUUGGACCCCUGGAGAAGGAAAUCGGAGCAGCAGCGCUUCCCAAGGCAGCCCCGACCAUGAGCGACAAACGGCCCGGUGCCCGCAGACCCCCUCGCCUCAACAUGGGCGCCGUCCGUGAUGCGGAGAUCCGAGGAAGUCUGACGAGUCUGCCCGAUCUGAUCCGGCGUGCGACGAAACUGGCAUCGAAUCUGGAGCAUGGUCGGACUGCCAGCCGGAACGAUCUGCUCAAUGGUCCCAGGUACCCCUUUAAUGACCCGCGACGCAAGUCGGGAUCGAUCAAGAGCAUCCUGGCCUCGUUUCCUCCACCUGCUGCGACCCCCGAGGGUGGCCACUCUUCCUGGCCGUUCUUCCUCCGAAGGUCCACGCUGCACCAGAUACAAUCCAACGACCAGCCCCCCGCGCAAGACGCGGCAGACCAGGAGAAGGCUGCACCAAAGCAACCCCGUCGGUGCUGCGGUCUGCCCCCGUGGCUCUUCGGCCUCAUCUGCGUCAUAAUCGUCAUCAUCAUUCUCGCCGCUAUCCUCAUCCCCGUCUGCCUUGUCGUCCUCCGCCACAAGUCCUCGGGCUCCAACUGCGCAUCCACUAACCCCUGCGAGAACGGCGGCGUGAGCGUCUCGAGCGGCGAUGUUUGCUCCUGCGUUUGCGCCAACGGCUACACGGGAUCAAGUUGUACGGUCGACGGGGACGCCAGCUGCGUCACAUCCGAGGUCGAUAGUAAGGAGGCCACCAUGGGCAGCGACCUUCCCGACCUCUUCGAGUACUCCCAGUCAAACUUCAGCAUCUCCCUGGACGCACUCACCAUCAUGGCGCUGUUCAGCCAGAGCAACGUCUCCUGUACGACGGAAAACGCCCUCGUCUCGUUCUCAGGCGUGUCCACCAAGAGCAGCAGCAGCAGCAGCAGCAAAUCCCGCCGCGACGCUGAGCCCUCAAUCUCCGACUACCUGCUCGCCAACCUGGCGCAAGUCCCCGAUCCCACGGUCGACGAUUCCACGCACACCUUCGUCCUCGCAGCCCGCGACUCCGUCGAGACCACCAACGGCAUUGUCUUCGACAGCUCCCCGCCCGCCAAAACCGGCUCUCCAACCGCAACCGCCGUCCACGAGACCGUCGCCACCGAAGCCGCAUCCACCUCCACCGCCACCGUUGCUUCAACAUCAUCAUCAACGGACUCCUCUUCUUCCUCUUCUUCCUCUUCCGCAUCAUCGUCAUCCAACUCCACUACCACCGUCACAACAACAGACCUCAACUUCGCCCGCGUCGCCGUCCUCUACAUCCUCCAGGAAACAGGCACCCUCACCGCAUCAGAGUACUCCGAGAGCAGUAUCCAAACCUACCUGAACGAUGAGUUCUCGGGUGAAAGUACGCAUUCUUUCACUAUCGACCUUACUCCUGCGGGGAUUAUUGGCAAUUAUACUCUCGAUUUCGAUGAUUAUGAGAUUACUUUGCCCAGUGGGAGUGUUGUUGGGAAGGAUGGGUAG